CGUAAUGACUGUCCAUUGGUUUUGUUAUUCUAUCUCCACCUCCUACUCCGCAGCUUUGCCCUGCCCAUGUGUUGUAUCUCUAUGUCCAUCCAUCGACUGACGUUCAAGUUCGUAGGAACGUCACGUCCGCACUUGAACUUGCAGUUCAGGGGGCUUUGCUCAUACCCCUCUCUCUGUCUUUGCAAAAAAGUCAUGAAGACUGCCGCACAGCCCGUACCCCGCGCGUCAUCGUGAUGUGAUCUAUAAUUCAUUUUUGGAUGUCAAACGCAUCGAUGAAGAUAUUUUAUCUGGAGUCUAUUACAUUGUAGGACGCCUCUGCCAAUGUGAACUAAGCUGAACGCCACCACUUACCAACAUGUCUCGCCGCAAGCAAGGCAAACCCCAGCACUUGAGCAAGCGGGAGUUUUCGCCUGAGCCCCUGUCGGCCGUUCUCCCCCCAGACGAGGAGCACGAGGACCACCCCAGGCUGGGGCAGCAUGGGGACAACAGGAUCCUCCUCAAGGGGGACCAGGAUCUGCUCACCUGUGGCCAGUGCCACGCCCGUUUCCCUCUUGCCCACAUCCUGCUCUUCAUCGAGCACAAGAGGCGGCAGUGUCGUGGCGCCCCCUGCACGGACAAAAUUUUAGACGACGGGCACAGGCGGUCGCCCUCCGCCGUUCCCCUCGCCUCGCCCCGUCCCUCCUCAAACAAAUGCCGAGACAAACACCCGUCGAGGCGCCCCGUGGAGGUAGCCGUUCAGGUGUCGCCGCGCAACGAUGAUGAGGAUUGUUUAUCGACGCCCACCCACGGAAUUAUCCCCAAGCAGGAGAAUAUCACAGAUAAGGAUGAGCCCAGUAGUUACACGUGUACGACCUGCAAGCAUCCGUUCAGCAGUGCCUGGUUCCUGCUCCAGCACGCCCAGAACACCCACGGCUUCCGCAUCUAUCUGGAGAGUGAGCCAGGCAGCCCCCUCACCCCCAGGGUAGCCGCCCCGCCCGGGAUGGGAGGUGACUGCACCUCCCAGCCCCCCCUCCACGGUGUCCACCUGGCCGAUGGGAGCCCCUUCAGUCUGCUGAGAUUGCCUGGGUCCGGGUCUGGCCGGGAAGGGGCCGCCUCUGUCCCCCACGAGGGGCGCUACCCCCGGACGCCUCCUCUGUUUAGUCCGCCUCCACGGCACCACCUGAGCCCGGAGAACCUGGCGCUGGCCACCCAUCACCCGAGCGCCUUCGACAGGGUGAUGCGGCUCAACUCAGUCGUCCUGGACCCACCGCCCACAAUGGACUUCUCAAGGAGACUGCGGGAGCUGGCGGGUAACCCCACGGGGGCCUCCCCACCUCUGUCGCCCAACAAGCCCAGCCCUAUGCAACGGCUGCUGCAGCCCUUCCAGCCGGGCUCCAAGCCCCCCUUCUCGGCCACGCCUCCUCUCUCCACCUCCCAGUCGCCCUCGUCCGGCUUCCGCUCCACCCCCAACCCGGCCCAGCCUACCACGCCGCUCAAGGCCAAGUCGUGCGAGUUCUGCGGGAAGACCUUCAAGUUCCAGAGCAACCUGAUUGUGCACCGGCGCAGCCACACAGGAGAGAAGCCCUACAAAUGCCACCUGUGCAACCACGCCUGCACCCAGGCCAGCAAGCUGAAGCGCCACAUGAAGACGCACUCUCAGAAGAACUCCCUCAACGCCAAGUCGGAUGACGGUCUGUCCACUGCCAGCUCACCCGACCCAGGCACCAGCGACCUGGUGGGCAGCGCUACCAGCGCCCUCAAGUCCGUGGUGGCCAAGUUCAAGAGCGAGAACAACGGGCUGCUUGAGAAUGGUGAGGAGGAGGAAGAGGAAGAAGAGGAGGAGGAGAGAGAUGAAGAGGAAGAGGGAGACGAGGAAGAAGAGGAGGAAGAAGAGGAAGAAGGAGAGGAGGCAGAGGAAGAGAUGGAGACUGAGGAAGGUGAGAAGAACGAUUAUCAUUUCAGCCUGCUGUUGGAAGGGGCCCGGCACCACCAGAACAGCCAGGCCCUCCACCCUCACUCCCAUCCCCACCGACGGAGCACUCCCCGGGACGCCUGUGAAGAGGACUUGGCCCUGGAGUCGGACCGGGCCGACGAGGUCUGUGGCACCACCCCAAUGGCCAAUGGCCUGGGUCCUCUCUCUAAUGAGGCCCUGACCAGGAAGCUCCUGAUGGGGAGCCCCGGCUCCCUCAGCACCAUGACCAAGCGUAUCAAGGUGGAGAAAGAACUGGAUCCUCCCACGCCUACCAUCCCCAACACAGAUAACGUCUACUCCCAGUGGCUGGCCGGCUACGCCGCCUCUCGACAACUCAAGGACCCCUUACUCAGCUUUGGAGAAUACUCCACCAUACAAUCGCCCUUCGCCACAUCCUCCGAGCACUCCUCCGAGAACGGCAGCCUGCGCUACUCCACGCCUCCAGAGGAGCUGGACGGCGGCUGCGGGGCCUCGGGCCACAGCGGGACGGGCAGUGGGGCCAGCACCCCCCACCUGUCAGGGAGCGGUGGGCGCCCCAGCUCCAAGGAUGGCAGCCGGCGGAGCGACACGUGCGAGUACUGCGGCAAGAUCUUCAAGAACUGCAGCAACCUGACAGUGCACCGGCGCAGCCACACGGGAGAGAGGCCCUACAAGUGCGACCUGUGCAGCUACGCCUGCGCCCAGAGCAGCAAGCUCACUCGCCACAUGAAGACGCACGGCCAGAUGGGCAAGGACGUUUAUAAAUGUGAAAUCUGCCACAUGCCUUUCAGUGUGUACAGCACUCUAGAGAAACACAUGAAGAAGUGGCACAGCGAUCAACCCAUGCCAACCACCCUGGAAAUUAAGACUGAGUAGGGGAGGCAGGACAGCUCCCUGAUUCGCUGAAUCAUGGCAAAAGGUGGGGAGACUGACAGGGGUUAGACACCAGUUAAAAACCCCGUACCUUUGAAAAAGCUGAUCCAUAUUUGGGGCAAUACUAUUGCAUCGGACACAAAAACUUUUCAGUCUUUCUAUUGUGCAAUAAUUUACAUGUUUUGUACUUUUGUAACUGGACGGCAUGCUCAGUGUGUUUUGGCUACUUAGAGAACAUUGUCCUUCAUUGGUUGGUUGGUUGUAAUUGUGUUGCUGUUGGUUGGUACUUUUGAUUAAAAAAAAAGAAAAAGAUAAGAGGAAGAAAACCCCCAUGCUGCAUAUACAUACUGUUUUACAUAUCUUGUACAGUUUGGUGUUGGAAACAUGGUGGGCAGUUUGAAUGGUCUAGCUACAAAAAGCAGGGUCAAAUUUUGACUAGUCUUUUAAAAAUAUUUUCUGUCCAUUACUGGGUUAAGAAUAUCAAUUGGGUUUGCCUAGGAAAUGGUAGCCACUUAGCAACAUAACAUUUUCUUUUAGAAGAUAUAGUGGUGGUCAAUUUGAAAUGAAUAGUUAUCGUUUGAAAAAGCAAAAUAAUUGUGCCUUGGAAUAUUUUACCUGCAUUAGUUAAUCCUCCUUUUUGCUAUAAGCUCGGAGAUUCAGCUACAAACGAUAGCUAGCGGACAUGUGUUUAACAGGAAAAAACAGGUUCUUGCAUCAAGCACCUGUACAAUAUGACAUCGUCCUCCGUGACCCAGCGAAACACAAGGAACCAGUUGAAACAAAAAAUAUAUAUUUCUGGUAAAUCAUUUUAUCUGCCUGACUCAUUGUAUAAUAUACUUCAGAUGCUCAUUCUGUUUACUGGCAUGCUAGCUACAUGCUAUUUGGGGAUUAUGUGGUGUUUAUAUAAAGGGUUUUAUUUGUGUUUUGUUUGGUACCUUACAUAGGGGUACUAAAUGUAAUAAUGAGUUGUUAUAAUUCUGUAAACUUAAGCUCUUAAUGUGUUAGAGUGUUUUGUUUUGAAAUGAAAGGUUUUACAGUUUUUUGUAAGUAGCACAAAACUAUGUUGUUGUCCUUGUUGCUGGGAUCUUCUGUGAGUCGGCCAUGACAGUGUGUUGCUGUGGCGGCUGGGCACCUGAAGACUUGUUUUUCUUAGUUCUGACAUGUCAGGCUGAUUUUGAAAAGGGGGUGAGGUUGGGGGCAAGGAAUGACCAGAUUUUGAUCAAUUCAUAAUUUUUUUAUGCAUUAUAAGCUUUUUAAUCAGCUCUUUUUUCUUUUUUUCCGCAUGUUAUAUCAGAUUUCCUAAAAGCUGAAAUGUUGCCUCUUAAACUAAUUGAUAUUGGAAAUUCAUUUUUUUUUUAUUUAAGAACAAUUUUGAGAAGUGUAUUCAGUAAAACACAUCCCCCGCUCGAUUUUGACAUAAUUUCAAUCUUUCACAUCGUUUUGUGCUCUUUGAGUUGACACGUUAGACCUCACAGCUGUUGUUUUUAUUUUACAGACUUGCAUCAACCCCCCUUUCAUAAUGUUGUUGGUAAAGCACUUGUCACUCUGCCUUGGAUCCUGUAUCUGUCUCUCUAAUCGGAGGUACAGUCGGUUGAGUAUAAAAUAAUAAGAACUGGGACUUUUCCCAGGAUGAAAUAUGUGCACUGUUCAAUUUUCCCAGUUUACAGGUGGACACUCAAGGGAAAACUUUGCUCUAAUGCAGACCGAUUGAUGUGGUGUCAUUGCUUCAUGCAGAUAAGAGUGAAACGAGAAACCAUCGCCAGCCAUUUUGUUUCCCAGGGGGCCUAGCAGUUUUUGGGGCCUCUGGGUAAUACAGUAUCAAUGCAGGAACCGCCAUACUCCCUCCUGCUUCAGAUAGAAAGAAAGAAAGAAACCUUGCUGCUCAAAUAGGGCAAGAUUUUUUUUCCUACUACAAAUUUUAUAAAAAUGAAAAAAUAAACUUUGUUUUUUAAAGUAACACUUCAAUAUCUUUAGGGGAGACUUUAUUUAAGUUUGUUUUGAUUAUAUUUUUUUGGUUUCUCGUUAAAUCUUGAUGAUUAUGCUCAAGAUUUUAUCACUAUAUUAUGAAUAUGAAAUGAACAUGACUCUCAUCUUUUUGCCUUUUUGCUAUACACAGGUCUUCAGGUUUAACAACAUUUUCAUCGGCGAGAGAUUUUAUGAUUAUAUGUGAAUAUAUAGAGAGAACUUAAAAAACAUAGGAAAAUGCACACUCAUGUUCCUAUGCUAAAAUACACAUUUACGGUCUACUUUUUCCUGUAUUUAGAAUGGUAUUUGAAAUUAAUGUUCACUUAGCGUAGGCACUUCUAGUAUUUAUGUUGAAGCCUGUAUUUUUAACUGUUCGCUUGUUCUCUUUAAAAGGUUUCAAUGUACUCUUUUCAGUAGUUGAAGAAAAAAACGCCCAACAAGCUGCCACCGUAUAUAUUUUCUUAAUUUGGCAGGAUAAUACUAUUAUAGUGUGAAUAAUUUGUAUGCUUGAACAAAAGUUAAGUAUGUUUUUGAAAAUUUGAAACGUUGUGGCAUUCUAUGGAUAAGAGAAGCCAUGUAAUGGUUUUUUCAAGCAGUCCCGUCGGAAUGUGCCACAACAUGGUAACACAGGUGGUUGUAUAUAUCUUUUAUUUGUGUUUUUUUUAUAUAUAUUUUUUCCUCUCCUGCCAUUUUAUAUGCAGUAAUACAAGCUAUUGUUGGGUUCUUGGUAGUGUAACUUUUUACUGUCCGUUCCUCUCGACCACCUGACCACAUUCCAGUCAUAACAAUGAAUGAAGAACUAUUCUAGUCAUUAUGCAGUCAAUUGAUUAAAAAAAACAUCAAUCUGGAAAUCAAUUUAACAGUUUUUUUUUUUUAAAUCUAUUUUUCAUUGCUAAACAGUACAUGGUGCUUUAUGGUUUUUUUUAAGUGGUAAAUCUCAUUUGCAAAACAUUUCUAAUGAAAACAGAAAUUAUUGGUGUGGGAAAAAGACAAGCCUGCUUGAGCUGGUAAAGUAAAGUAGGCUACAUGUUUUGUGUACAUGACAAUGUUACAUUGGUACGUUUGCGGUUUUCAGCCAUUUUUUUUCUGUCUGUUCUAAACGCUGAUUAUUCUGAACUGAACUUGAACUUGGCCUCCGACAGUGGACGUCCCUAUUUAUUAUGACUAUACACAACUUUGUUCAAAACAGAGUCACACACAGCUAGGAAUCAAUACAUUUUCUCUCUCUUGUUGAAUAUCUGAUGUUUUUUUAAUUUAUUUUUAAUGACCAAAUGUCAUUGACCACACCAUUCAGUUUCUGGGAAUUCUACUCUCUUCUGUUGAGUUCUUGUUCUUUUGGAGAUGCCACUCUUUUUUCAACAACGGUUGUCUGCGUUAUUCUCUACACUCAGCCAUUUUGUCUUGAAAAAAUGAAAAAUAAAAAGUAUUACAUACAUUUA